AUGAUUAUGCAAAAGCUAUCUCGUGUCCUGCAAACUGUAGUGCUAUUAAGAAAUAUGGUUGAAUCAAGAGAGUAUGAUAAAAAUUUAGAACUGAAAGUAAUGAAAGAAUGUUCCACUUAUGGUUCAGUAGAAAAAGUUUCGAUCAGUGAAGAAAGAAACAAGAAUGAAGAAUCCUCUGUGAAGAUAUUUGUUGUGUUCAGUGAUUUAGAGUCAACAAAUAGAGCAAUUACAGCACUGAAUGGACGUUAUUUCGUUGGUCAUAGACUUGAUGCAGAACUAUAUGAUAUUGACAAAUUUAUAAGCGAUGAUUUAAUGGGAUAA